AUGAAGCUGCUUGGAGGUUUUAUAACCUGGGUCUGUCUGGCCGCAGCAGGACCCAAUUGGUAUACUACGUUUGCACUUGGCUUUCAAGUCCAAGUGCGAAUUCCAAUAUGGGAUGUUGCAGGACUCGUAAGAAAAUUCGCAGGUUUCACCACGGGCCAUGUCAGUACUCCGAAAAAGAAAAUUCGUCCUGUUCCUGAAGAAUACUGGCCACCGUUAUUUGGAUACUACGAUCCGUUGGCUUAUCCACCCCCACCUUAUUACCCAUACCCACCUUAUGUGCCACCAACACAUCCACCUACUUAUCCACCCACACUUCCCCCGACUAGUCCACCAACGAAGCCAUCAACAAAUCCUCCAACAAUUCCUUCAACAAUUCCUCCAACAAUUCCUCCAACAAUUACUCCAACAAUUCCUCCAACUAAGCCACCAACAAAGCCACCGACGGAGCCACCGACAGAACCACCAACAGAACCUCCAACAGAACCACCAACAGAACCACCAACAGAACCUCCAACAGAACUACCAACAGAACCACCGACAAACCCACCAACAAAGCCAACCACGGAGGCAACAACUGAGACCACUACGGUGGUAACAACAGAUGCAACUACGGUGGUAACAACAGAUGCAACUACGGUGGUAACAACAGAUGCAACUACGGAGGCGACAACAGACGCAACAACGGAGGCGACAACAGACGCAACUACGGACGGAACAACAGAGGCAACAACAGCCAGUGACCUAUGCGUAUUGUAUCCUCAUCUUCCAAAAUGUCAAAUAGUCAAAUCAGUACACUUAGUAAACAAUAAGUACAGUAACGUGUUAUAUCCGGAAAAGAAGCUAUCGGUUGAGACCAUGCCUCACUCGGUCACCUCUCUGUGUUUCUACUAUCCGUGCCUGUGUAUGAAGCCCGAAGAAGCUCAAUUCGUAAGAUUGUCGGAUGAAAAUGGAAGACCCUUGCUCUUAAUAAGUCCAGUAGAGGAAAAACCACCAACAAAUAAACUGGAAAAAAACAAGCAAUAA